ACCUUAAACUGUUAAUGAGUGGAAGGACCACAGUUCAAGGUGAAGUAGCCAUCGACCAUCCACACGCACCCUCUCCCUGAUAAGGCAGAGAUAAGGCCCCCAUAUUUCCUCUUCACAUCCGUCAGCUAGCAAUCAUACACACACAAAACAUAAAUAAAUCUUCUCAGCCCAUUUUUGUUGCCACUUGUGUAUUCUAUACGUACAUAAUCAUAAUCCUGACCACCGAACCCAGAUCGAUCCUGGCGAUGGCCGCCACCACCACCACAGCAGCUGCUACCUCCCAUUUCUUUGGGACCCGUAUCCUGCCCCAGAAGCCAAGCUCUGCCAAAUUUCAAGCCAGGUUUGGGUUUGGGUUUGGCAAAAAGAAAGCUCCAGAACCCCCAAAAAAGUCAUUCUCCAAAUCACUACCAUCCGAACGUCUCGUCUGGUUGCCGGGGGCAAACCCGCCGGCCUGGCUCGAUGGGACCAUGAUUGGUGACCGUGGGUUCGACCCGUUCGGAUUCGCUAAACCGGCGGAGUACUUGCAGUUCGAUUUGGACUCGCUGGACCAGAACUUGGCCAAGAACGUGGCCGGCGAGAUCAUCGGGGUCAGGACGGAGGUCACGGAGAUCAAACCGACGCCGUUUCAGCCCUACUCGGAGGUAUUCGGAUUGCAGAGGUUCAGAGAGUGCGAGCUGAUUCACGGGAGGUGGGCAAUGUUGGGCACUCUCGGCGCCAUCGCCGUCGAGGCACUCACCGGCGUUUCAUGGCAAGACGCCGGAAAGGUGGAGUUAGUGGAGGGAUCAUCUUACCUUGGCCAACCACUGCCUUUCUCCUUGACCACAUUAAUAUGGAUAGAAGUUUUGGUAAUUGGCUACAUUGAGUUCCAAAGGAAUGCAGAACUUGACCCUGAGAAGAGGCUGUACCCUGGGGGCUACUUCGAUCCCCUUGGCUUAGCCUCUGACCCUGAGAAGAUUGACAACCUCAAGCUGGCGGAGAUCAAGCAUUCCCGGCUAGCCAUGGUCGCCUUCCUCAUCUUUGGAUUCCAGGCUGCGUUCACCGGAAAGGGUCCUAUCGGCUUCAUUGCUACCUUGAACCAGUGAUCCACUUUUGUAUAAUAUUAAAUCACCUUCGUCCGUCACUGUCCCUUUUUCUGAUUUGUAUGUUUUGUGUUGUAACAAAACAUAUGUUAAUUGGGAAUUUAACUAAUGGACCGACCAAAUUCACAUUAAUAUUAGUAAAUGAUGGUCUAGGUG